UGCGGAUUUUAGAAUAAUUUAUGUUUAUUAUUUAUUAAUUUUAAGCUUAAUUUGAUCACAUAAUGGAGUGUAUAAGCAUAUUAGAGAGGGAAAUAGCCGACCUACGCAAGAGUUUAGCCGAGAAGGAGAACGAAUUGUGCGAAAUUAAGAAGAAAUGGUUAUCGAAGCCGCAAUUAGACAGUCAGAUGCAAGCCAACCCCAAUGGGUUUCAUGGCCAGGCCCAUGUAGACCGUCUGCCCCGAUGGGCAAUAGAAAGGUACAGCCGACAAAUCCUGCUGCCCGAGAUCGGUGUAGAAGGUCAGGCGGCGCUGCUAGCUGCUAAGGUGCUCCUGGUCGGAGCUGGCGGCCUUGGAUGCCCUGCCGCUGCAUACCUGGCAGGCGCUGGUGUUGGUGAAAUAGGCCUCGUGGACUACGACACAGUGGAUGUGACCAACAUACACCGGCAGCUGUUACACGGGGAAUUAGAUCAGGGCACCAGCAAAGUCCAGUCGGCCGCAGCCGCUUUAAGGAGGAUUAACUCCAACAUAACGGUGUCGACACACGAGACACAGCUGUCAUCCACCAACGCUCUAGACAUCGUGGGCCGGUACCACAUGGUACUGGACUGCUCGGACAAUGUACCCACUAGGUACCUUUUGAACGACGCCUGCUCUCUUACUAAGUUGCCCCUCAUAUCCGGCAGUGCGUUAAAAAUGGAGGGUCAGCUCACGAUAUAUGGAUACCGAGGGCCGAAGGGUCCCAACGCAGAGUCGUACCAGGGUCCGUGCUACAGAUGCCUGUUCCCCUCCCCCCCACCCCCCGAAACGGUUGGCAGCUGCUCUGCCAAUGGAGUGGCAGGACCCGUGCCCGGACUAAUAGGCGUACUACAAGCGCUGGAAGCCAUUAAGCUUAUAGUGGGCUAUCCUCACAACAAGUUGCUAGUGGAGCGCAUGCUAGUCUUCGAUGGCGAUGACUGUACCUUCAGAAAUGUGAAACUCCGUCCUCGCAACGCAGAGUGCGCCGCGUGCUCGGCCUCCCCGACCAUCACAAGGCUGGUCGACUACGAGGCCUUCUGCAAGGCGAAGGCGUCAGAUAAGGACCUUGACCUACAGAUCCUGCCUCCCUCGCACCGUAUCUCCGCGAGCGAGCUGCCCUGUCUUCUAUCUCGCUCGCUCCUGAUCGACGUGCGAAGCGCUUCGGAGUUCACGAUGUGUCAUAUAGAUGGCGCUGUCAACUAUCCUAUAGAUUCCCUUAGAGGCAACGUAUUGAACAAGCUACUGGAAGAAAUACGACAGAGAGAUAGUCAAGUGACAUUCAUCUGCCGUCGCGGCAACGACUCACAGAUAGCAGCCAAGCUGGUGCUGGACGCCCUGCCGGACGAUGAUGGACGCAUCCGUGACGUCAUCGGCGGUUUGCACGCGUGGGCUAGACAGGUCGAUCACGACUUCCCUGUUUAUUAAAUUGCUU